GUGAAGUGACUACGUUCUCACAACCACAACAACAGAUGAGCAAGUUACCCUAACAAGACGAUAUUGUUCUAAAACCAACCAAUCUCCAAAUAAUGAGCGUCCCAAGGGCUCGUAGGCGCUUGGCAAGGAUAAGAUGUUUACAGGACUGUGCAGAUCGAUUUCAAGAAAACGAACCUCUUCCGAGGAGUUUGUGUUUCGUUCCCUCGGAAGUCCACUUCAAAUGCCCGAACAAUUCUGUCAUUCCUUUAUAUUCCGAACCUAACAAAGCAAAGAACAAAAAGGUUCAGGAAAUUAUAUGCGCUGCCGACGCUAAAGUCAUUGUGUCAGGAGAAGAGUUUUACAAUAACUUUGGAAAAUGGGUGAAAGGGAAAAAGUAUCAACACAAAAAGACUGGAGAGUUUAUCAGUCUUCCUGAGGAUUCCUGGAUACUGCUGAUCAGUCCAGGGAAAUCCCCUGGGGAAUCCCCUCUUUUAGUGCCUGCACAUGAUAGCUCUUCCACCACCUUGACGAAAGCUGAUGGAGGGUCACAUGGAAAGAAAACUCAUUUAUCUAGUUUUGAAGAGGUGGUAGAGUACAACUAUUCCCUGAAGCUGAGUAACAAAGCCGAUUUGAUUCAGGAAGAUGUGGAAGCUGUGAACAGAUUAUGUCAGGUGCCAGUCAACUGGAGCUUAGAGAAUGAUGAAGCACUUGUCAAACUGCUCUGUGAUCAAAUGCCUCCAGAUAAUGAACAGCUUGGCAGCAUUAAGAACUAUGUGGAUUCCAUUGACGUGUCCUCCUUUGACGAAGACGGCCCUCAGAAUUUGACAGACGGAGAUCCUGAAACCUACUGGGAGAGUGAUGGUAGUCAGGGCCAACACUGGAUCAAGCUCCACAUGAAGAAGGGGGUUAUAAUCAAAAAGCUUUGCCUGACUGUGGACACCGCUGAUGAUAAUUACCUUCCUGUGAUGAUGUCAGUGAUGGGUGGGGAGCCUGACACCAUGAAACUCCUCAACACCAUCAAUCAGGACUGGAAUGUCUCUGAUACACAUGAUAUUUGUGUUCUGGAGAACCUGACAGAGCAUUACCCCAUUAUCAUGAUCAAGAUACAGGAGUGCAAAGCAGGUGGUAUUGACACAAGAAUCCAUGGUAUAACAAUCAAGUCAACGGAAGAAAGGGUACUUGGUUUCAGCACUGAACUUUUCACAAAGGACAGUCUUGUGCGCUACCCUAAACUGGAGCCUUAUUCCCCUGAAGUUCUGUUUAGAAGGGCGCUGUUAUUACACAGAUUUGUCACCAUUUUGGACAGUGUGUUACCAUACAUAGUUCCGGCCUGGGAGUAUUCAGUUGGUUCUUAUGAUGCCCUUGAGGCUCUUCGUCAGCUCCUGCCGUUGUCCAAAAAGAGGCUGUCGUUGAUUGAUACCUUCUUGAGGGAUUCCUCACUUGGUCAACCCUCAGACAUUCCCAAGCUGUACAUAAAUCGCCGUGAAGCAAUGGAGCACAGAUGUGAUCCAUCCCAGGACCCGGAAUAUAAACACUCCAUCUUCACCCAGAUGUACGAGGGAUUGAAACCACGAGAUCGCUUUACCAAGCCACUGGACUACAGGUGGCCAAGUCGUUACGACCAGUGGUGGGAGUGUAAGUUUUUAUCAGAAGGUAUCAUCGAUCAGGGUGGAGGAUUUCGUGACAGCUUGUCUGAUCUGUCAGAAGAACUGUGCCCUAGUAGCAUGGACACACCCGUACCCCUUCCCUUUUUCAUCCGUUCUCCAAACCAGUCCAAUGAAGAUUCAAAUGUGAACAAAGAUGUGUAUAUACCAAACCCAAGCUGUAAGGAAUUUCAGAAAUAUGAGUGGAUCGGACAGCUGAUGGGAGCGUGUCUAAGGGGAAAGGAAAAUCUGAUUCUAUCUCUACCAUCCUUUGUGUGGAAGAAAUUGUCUGGGGAAAAAACUAAUUGGCAGAGGGAUUUCUUCACCGUGGAUGCAGCAGAGGUAAAACUCAUUGACAUUUUGGAGAGCAUGGAAGAGAGUGAGUUUAAUGUAAAGAUAGCUGGGAAGAGGACUUGGUCAACUUUCUUGAGUGAUGGCACUGUUAUACAAUUAAAGAUCAGUGCUGAUGGUACUUCCCCAGAGCUUUCAUACACCGACAGGGGAGACUACUGUCAGGCAGUGAAGAAAAUACGCAUGGCUGAAUCAGACUUACAGAUCCAGGCAAUCAAACAAGGUCUGCUAAAGGUAGUACCGCAAGCAGUGUUAGACCUUCUCACAUGGCAAGAGCUGGAGAAAAGAAUUUGUGGGGAUCCAGAAAUCACAUUAGAAGCUCUGCGAGGAACGGUUCACUAUGAUGACCUAGAGGAGACAGACAUGAGGGUGAAGUACCUGUGGGAAGCAUUAAAAGCUUUCUCUAAUGAAGACAGAAGUCGUUUUUUACGCUUUGUCACUGGUCGCAGAAGAUUGCCAGCCCCAAUGUAUGUGUGUCAGGGCAAAGGAGAUGCUGUAGAUGUCUUGCCUGAGUCAUCAACCUGUGGAAACAUUCUCUAUCUUCCUAGUUAUAGCAGUGGUAAAGUGGCUGAAGAAAACAUUCGCUAUGCAGCUUACAACUGUGUUGCUAUUGACACUGAUAUGUUUCCAUGGGAUGAAUGAUGCAGAUGGUGAACUACAAAGGGCGAUAAAAGUCUCUUAAGAUAAAUCCAAAGUUUGUCAGCUUUUUGACAUGGUGUGUAAAAGAAGUGGUGACUUAUUGGGCUUUUCCAUAGAGCACCAUGGACUUGUUAUAGGAACUGUUUAUCUUCAGCCUUUUCGACAUCUAAUGCACUUUUUUCAGUGGAAAUUAUGCAUACAGUUAUUUUGAAAAUGAGACCAAAUGAUUUGUUUGUGUCACUAAAGAUGCCAACUCCAUAAAACCUAUAGAAUAUUUCAAAAUAUUGGUUGCAGGAGUGUUUGAAAAGGUUGAAGAAUGAAGGUAUAUGUUUUUAGCUGUGGCUGACUUUUGUUCUGACUGCAGACAUUGACCUCAGUUGUUGAUUGAUGAACAGUGGAAAGUGUGUAAUAGUGAUAGUUACAUUUAUGUUGUUGUCAGUGCUCAAACCGGAAAGAGCAGGCUCGUGUUUUCUGAGUUGAUUCAAUUUUAACAGUACUUAUGUACAUUCACAUAAAUGUAUUUUUAAUUCAUUGACAUGAAAGGUCUAAUUUAGUAAAAAAAAAGUGUUCUCUGUCAAUUUAAAAUGUGAUAAUUUUUCAAACUUUAUUGUUUUCUUUCUCAUGUGCUUAUGUUACCACUAUAUCUGCAGUUCUAAGCCCUGGAUAUAUAUUUAAUUUUGUAUGCAUUGUUGAUGUCUAAUUUCUUCUACAGUUUGGUUAAAAAGUCAUUGGACAUAUUUUAAAAUGCUUAUGAUUCCAUGUAAAUAGUAAGGAGUCUGUUACGUGUUAAACUUUUGGCACAGUGUUAUUUAACUGAUAUCAGUUUAUGCAUAACAUUAUCAUAUUUAUAGUGCUUCUGCUAAAUCUUCAUUGUUUGUUAUUUCUUCAAUUUAGUCAACUGCAUUUCACCCAAAGAUAGCUUUUUUAAAGUUACACAUAUUGCUUGAUUCUUAUUUGUUCAUCCACGCUAUAGUGUCACUCAAGGUUUUUCUGGGGAGUUUUAUUAAUUUCUUAUCAGAAAAACCGAAGUGGUGGCAUCAAAAGUGUCACUGUGAGGCUUUUGUGCACUUGUUAGUAGUGCACUUUUACAUACCAAACUUCACAUGAAGUACAUUAAUUUACUUUUUAAAUGCCAGUGUUUGAAAAUAAUACACCGAAAUGAUUUGAUUUUAGACAUGUGCAUGUGUACAUGGAAGUACAUGUAUUAGGGUGGCAAACCAAGUGAAAAACAUUUGUAUCAGGCUUGUUUGGGCUUCUCACCCCAACAAAAACCGGAUGCCUUCUGAAGUCUUAAUGCAGUUUUAUCUCCCAAAAUUGUAAGAGUGCAAGGAAACUAUCUGAUUGUUUUUUAACGCCAUACUCAAGAAUAUUUCAUGUAUACAAUAGUGGUCAGUGUUAUUGAUGAAGGAAAUCUGAGGUAUGCCCAGGGUUAAACCACUGACAUUUGGCAAGUUACUGAUGAACUUUCCAUGUUUGGUCUCCAACAAAUCUUAUACUGUACUAAAGGUCACAUAAUCGGUGUUGAUCGCAUAUUGUCGCCCAGGCCUCAAAAGCAAGAAGAAUGCAGAAAUCAACAAAAUCCCCAUCCAAGGCCAGUUUUGAACUGACACCUCACAUGUACCAGCAAUUUAAUGUCUAGUACCUCAACCACCACCUGCUCACCAAGAAAACAUAUAGGCCAUGUACUAUAUAACAAUGUAGAAAGAAUACACAACAAACUUUAAAAGUCAUAAUUACAGCACUUUUAUUAAGCCUUUGUCUCAAAGGUUUUCAAAAUACCCCACAGCAUCAAAAUAGCUUUACAACAUUAAUUUGUACAUAUAUGGUACAACAUAUACAUGAUUUACACACUUCUCACAACAUCAAUGACUGUGAUGUACCAACAAUACAGCACAGCCAAUGACAACUGUUACUGUUCAUAAUGCCAAUAUAGAAGUAUUGUAAUAAUUACCCAUUAAUUUUGACGACAUUUAAACAUAAAUCAUGUCUAUAAAAAGGUGAAAAGAGAGUUUUGAAAGCAACAUUAAUAAUAAUUUCACCUGUUAAUUAGCAAAGCACAAUCUAUUUGAUGUUGACGUAUUUAGUUAACACAAGUCUAAACAGAUGAAUGAUAUUCGAUCAUUUAAGCGUUUGCCAAAAAAAGCUCUUACUUGCCUAAAUCUAAGAAGUCACAAAUCUUAAAAGUCGCAAUAAUUACAUAAUCACUUCAUGCAUUGUAUUCCUGUUCUCUCUGCCUUACUUUAACGUAUAAGUCAAUGUUUCGCCUGCACCAUAACAUCAAACAACAACAUUUAUGACUAGACCUUACUUCACCACUGCAAGAAGGAUGAGAUGAAGAAUUUAACAUCACGAAAAGGAAUGAUUAUGAAAUUUGGAAGCACUUGUACCAGGCCAUUACAAAGUUAUCUUCAUGUUUUAUUAGCCAAAGAAAGGGUUAAUAAUUACUUCCAUCUUAGCAAACAAGUUUGCAGGUCUCUUUGCAGUGUAAUUUAUUCAUUUAUUUGACUUGUUCAAUGCUGUAAUGCUUUCAUAUGUGUGAAUACAUGUC